AUGGUCCAUCCUGGUCCAUCCAGAUCCGUCUGAACCAGCCUGAACGGUUCGUCGACGUCGCAGUUGCAUGCCGUAAAUACACCUCUUUGUCUUUGAAGUUGACAGGCGCAGGUAGUGUCUGAUAAUACCAGCGCUUGACUCAAGUUCUCGUUUUCUCGAUAUUGGACACAGUGCUCGAGAGGAAAGGGAAAGGGGGAUCCAUUGUUUGAUGAUUGAGGGGAACAAUGACCCCUUGAGCAACGAAUUUGAGCAGCUCAAGCUUCUCGAGGCACCUGGUAGUCUUAAGGUCACACAUCUCGACAAUGUGGAAACCUUUCGAAGCUGGUAGCUCGCCGGUGGAUUGGUGCGAAGGUAACUACAGCAUUUCGCCCAGCAUCGCCGAAUUUAUGAACACGUUUAGUAACGUGGUUUUCCUGUUACUUCCACCUGUGCUCAUGCACUUGUUUAGAGAUUAUGGACGCUUUGUGAAUCCAGGCAUUCACAUAAUCUGGUUUUUACUGAUGGUAGUCGGUCUGAGUAGCGCUUAUUUUCAUGCUACUUUAUCCUUGAUAGGUCAACUGUUGGACGAACUAGCCAUUCUGUGGGUAUACAUGGCAGGUUUCUGCAUGUUCUUCCCAAGAAGAUAUUUCCCAAAUAUCUUUCACAAUAACAGAAAGCUGUUUUCUCUAUGUGCAAUCUUGCCAACUCUGAUCGCCACUGGCUUAGCCCUGGUGCAUCCGGCGGUAAACGCUUUUGCGUUGAUGAGUUUGGGUAUACCAGCGUUUGGAUUCCUGAUUGUAGAACUGAAAAGGACCACCUCGAUGAAGGUGUACAGAUUGGGGCUACGAUGCGGCGCUGUGUGGGUAUUGGCAGUUGCCUGCUGGUUGAACGAUCGUUUGUUUUGCGAUACCUGGCUGAAUUUAAAUUUCCCGUAUCUCCAUGCACUGUGGCAUUUGUUCAUCUUCAUCGCGAGUUAUACAGCAGCGGUGCUGUUUGCAUAUUUCUCCGUACAGGACGAGAAGCCGCAACAAUCCCCGGUACUUAGAUACUGGCCGAGGGACGAUUUUGAGCUCGGUAUACCGUAUGUAACUAUCCGAAGUUACAUGAAGCUGAGUUACAACUCGAAUAUAUAAUUAAUUAUUUUAUAAUUGCUCCACAAUCACUAAUACCGUAAUACGUCAUCUAUCGCGAUUGGUGAUUUCAACUUCUUGCAAUGUAUAGCACUUAAUUUUUCAUUUAAUUUAAUUUAAUAAAAAUUGAAAUUAAUUUAAUUUUUAACGUAGAGGCGUAGUCUUUUGACGUAUAUAUACAUAAACAUUACAAGGUAAUAUAUAAUAUAUCUACGUGGUACCUCGUUUAACAGAAUCGAGCGUGAUCCUUUUCUGAAAUGUGAAAUUAAAAAAUAUAAUGAAAUUUUAUCUCAUAAAAAAAUGAAAAUGACACAAAAUAUAUCUGCGAGGGAUUAUUGCGUCAGUGUCGCUCAAAGCUAUGCGAUAGUUUAGUAAAACGUUAAAAAAACAUUUAUUUAUUUUUAUUUAUUUAACAUGUGACUGAAGACAAUGUUAGUAAUUGGUAAGCGAAUUAUUUGUACCAGUAAACUAAUAACAAACAUCGCUAUUCACUACAUGUGACUAUUACACGUCUUUCUUUCAAUGAUAUUAGAUAUCGCGAGCAAUUUCUUAUGAAAACAAUAUUAUAUAAAAAAGCAGGAUUGGGUAGUAACUAGGUAAAUAGUUAAUAACUUUGUAACUUAACUUAGUUAAUUUUAAACAUAUUAACUUUUAAUUUAAUUAAGUGAUUUUUAAAUGCAUUUUUAAUUAACAUUAACUUAUUAAUUUUUUUAUACAAGUUAAAAUAAUUCAUCAAUAUUAAAGUCGUGUGAAAAUGGUUGGUCGCAAUCGUCGCAAUGCGUCAAAAAACUAUACAUAUGUUAAUUAACUUUUAACUUUAAUAAGUUAACUUAAGUUUUUAACUUAACUUUAAUUGAGUUAAUUUUUGUUCAAGUAACUUUUAACGUAAACUUAGUUAAUUUCUGGGACAUCAACUUUAAACUUGACUUACAAUUAGUUAAAGAAUAAAAUGGAAUAAAAUACCCAACCCUGCAAAAAAGUAUAACGUAAUAUUAUGAAUAGGAUUUUCUUUCACGUUGUAGAAAUAAUGUAAUUAAUUUUAUAUAUAAUUGGAAACAACGUGCGCAAACAAUACAGCUUUAAUACUUUACGCGUGUGAAUAAAGAUGAUAAAAAUAGGAAUAUAUUUAUCUUUAUAUGUAUUAGCAAAAAAA